CCAAACGCGCCUCGCCCGCUAAGCCAGGCGAGGAACGCGCCGAGCAGGUGCAGUGCAGGUGACUCCAGGCAGCGCCCUCGCCUCCCCCCAGGCUGCAGGCGCCGGGAGGCUGCUGCGCAUGUGCGUUGUUCCCUCCAGUCCCGCGCUGUCCCCGCCAUGGGUCGGUGCUGGCCCGGCUUGCUGGCGCGCGGGGAGUGGGGCUGGUGGAGCUCUGGGCUGCCCGGCCCCGCUCGGUCCCAGCUGCGGGCGGCCAGCUCGAGCCGCGCCCCUGGAGCCACCGGGGAAGGAGCAAACUUGCUGUACUCGGGGGAGCAUAACGCCUUGAGAGCGUCCCUGCGAAAGAUUAUUGACAAGGAGAUUAACCCAUUUGUGGACAAAUGGGAAGAAGAAGGACAGUUUCCAGCACAUAAAGUAUUUAAAACUCUAGGACAAGCUGGAUUCCUUGGAGUUAACAAACCAAUAGAAUAUGGCGGCAUGGGCUUGGACUUCUCCUAUAGCAUUGCAGUGGCAGAGGAACUGGGAAAUAUCCGCUGUGGAGGGGUUCCUAUGGCUAUUGGAGUGCAAACUGACAUGGCUACACCAGCUCUAACAAGAUUUGGUUCUGAUGAGCUGAAACGACAGUUCCUUGUACCAACUAUAGCUGGAGAAGUAGUGGCUUGUUUAGGAGUCAGUGAACCUGGGGGAGCAGGCUCAGAUGUUGCAAGUAUCAAAACAACAGCAGUAAGAAAAGGCGAUGACUAUAUCAUAAAUGGUGGCAAGAUGUGGAUUACUUCGGGAUGUCAAGCUGACUGGAUGUGCCUGCUGGCAAAUUCCAGUGAAGGACCCCGGCACCAAAAUAAAUCACUUAUAUGUCUACCAAUGAACCUACCUUGUGUUCACAUUGCUAAAAAGAUAGACAAGAUGGGUAUGAGGUCGUCAGACACAGCACAGAUCUUUUUUGAAGAUGUCAGAGUUCCCAGCAAAUACCUCAUUGGGGAGGAAGGAAUGGGCUUUACAUACCAGAUGUUGCAAUUCCAAGAAGAGCGUUUAUGGGCAGUAGCCAACAUCCUGGCACCAAUGGAAAAUGUGAUACAAGAAACUAUUGACUAUACUCGCCAAUGGAAAAUAUACAACCAGCCAGUACUGCAUAACAAACAAACAGUGCACUUUCGCCUGGCAGAAUUAGCAACUGAGGUGGAACUUGUUCGCUCUCUGUUCUAUCAGGUUGUUGCGCUCUAUGUAAGAGGCAAUGAUGUUACCAAAUUUGCUUCCAUGGCUAAACUAAAGGAAGGUCGUCUAGCCCGUGAGCUGAGUGAUAAUUGCCUCCAGUUCUGGGGAGGAAUGGGAUUCACCAGUGAGGUGCUAGUGAACAGACUCUAUAGAGACUCAAGAUUACUGUCAAGAGGAGCUGGUGCAGAUGAAGUCAUGCUUUCCAUUAUAUGCAAAUAUAUGGAAACUCUUCCACAAAAGAAGUAACACCCAGCAACAGUUACAUUUCUUCAUUGAAAAUUCAUGAGAUACAGUAUAUUGAUUACAUACUGAAAGAAUAAGCAAUAUAUAUAAGGUGAUUAAGUGAAAUUUUCUAGCAUUUAUGUCAAUGACCUACUAGUGCCUUUGGUAUACACAAUUUCUUGUACUAUAACUUUUAAAUUAAAUAUUGAAAUUAAAAAGGAAGUAACCUGAAAACAAGUAUCCUCUUGCAACAUUUUCUCUUAUUGCAGACCAGUUGCUGCUUUUGAGUGGUCUAGUGCAUAUUAAGUAAAUGGAGUGAGUGUCUACUUAUAUAAGCAAGCUACACCUACAGUUAAAAAACCCCAAGCCAUGAUCAAAUUGAGUGCCGCCUUGCCAUGUCCAAUGCAAGAGAGAAUUCUACCAGUACUUUACUUAAGAAAAUUUUAAUGUAAAACUGCACUGAACACCAACCAUAUCGGCUACCGGAGGCAUGCACUUUAUCUUAGGUUGUAAGGUCUUUGGGGAAAGGACUUUUUUCUUCAGUGGUUGUACAGUCCUGGUUCACAGUUAAGGCUUCUAGGCACCAGAGUUUCUUAUGCCUCAUUUCUUAAACUUGUAUAUUCCAUUACUGGAACUGUAAUUCUGCUGUCCUUCAUUCACCUAUAGGUUACAUAACUUGCACUUUGUAAUAUUCAAUAGUCAAUAGCUCACACACUGCAGAAAGUGGAUCUACAUAUACAUCAUUCAUUUUGAACAGUGGCCAUAAGUCUGGUAAUAUUGCCUUACAAUACCUAGUCCUUAGCUAAAUGGAUACAGUCUGCAGCCAAACUGAGGAAGUUUUACUGCCUGUGUUAUACAGGAUGAUAUUCUGGAUGAUCACAAGUGUCCUUUCUGGCUUUGGAAUCUAUGAUUAACAGCAGUUUACACUGGUUAGGACCUAAAUACCAAACAGACAAUACCAUUUUUUUCUUUUUCUCUAAAUAUAUCAGUCCAUUAAUAUUUGCUCACUAUGAAUAUUGGUUCAUCAAUGUCAGUUACACUCAUUGGAAUUGUUUAAACUUGAUUAAAAUGUGUUUAACAGUACUGUCAAUUGUAAUUGCUUUAAAGCACAAAUGUGACAAAUGAAAUUUGGUUGGACAAAUUAGCAUAAUUUGUUACAGAAGUCCCUGACAUGAAACGUACAGCUGCUUGCAAUAAAUGUAAAGUUUAGACUUUAAGUCCAUCCAGCGCUUUGCUACACAUUGGGCUAGCCAUAUUUGCCAUCCUUGCUUGUCAACUGCCCUUCUCUCCAACUCUUCCCAGUUCAUGUCGAUGUCAUUCAGAACUGUCAUUUCCAUGUUAUUCGCGGCCUUCCUCUCUAUUUUCUGGCUUCCAUUCAAGGGCGGUAUUUGAUAAGCAUUCUUUUUCCAUUCUCAGCACAUAUCCCAGCCUCUGAUUUCUUCUUUUGUAGGUUAUUUGUGAGAGGGUAACUUGUCCAGUAAUUUUUCCGCUAUCUCCAUUUGUCUUCCUAUCUCUCUGUGUUGUUCCUAAUAUUCUUCUCAGACAAUUGUGAUGAAAUGCAUCCAGCUUUUGCGUAUCUUCCUUGGUAAGUUGCCAUGUCUCACUGCUAUAUGUUGUGAUGGUAGUAACAGUUGCUUUGUACACAUUCAAUUUUGUCUUGAGAGAUUUUUUGAGUCUUCUAAAUGCAGCAUGUGCCUUCCCGAUACUUAUUAUUUCCUCUCAGCUGGUACCAUCUUGGCUGAUAGUACUUCCAAUAUACGCAAAAUUGUCCACCUUCUCCAGUUUCUUUUCAAUUUUGAUUUCUGUCCCUACAGUCCCAUUAACAUGACUUCAAAUUUCUUUGCAUUGUAUCUCAAACCUAUCUUCUCCAUUACUUCUUUUACUUGGUUUGUGCAUUUUUUUGUAGUCUGCUGGCAAUAAAUGUAAAGCUUAGUUUUACAUUAUCCUUGCAUUGAAUCAAAAUUAGUCUUUACAUUUAUUUCAGCCUUAUCUGUACCUUCAGAAUUGACUUUGGUCAUUCCUCCCACCACUUUUAGAUGAGAACAAAACCUUUUAAAUGGAAACAAACAAACAAAAACCACAACUGUCAAAACCAUCUUACUGCAAAAAAAUGCUUUUGAUGGGAUUAUUCCUCAUUAACAUGGAGAAUUUUCAUAGUUUAGUCAUAAAUCAUAAAGUAUGUUUUAAGGAACCUCCACAGCACUGUGAGGUUAAUUCUUUAAAGCAGAUAUUUCCUUUAAGUAUCAUGACAGCUAAUACAAAAGUACAUUGCAACUAGAAAUACUUGUAUUACUUAUACAGUAAAAUAUCAUUCGCAUUAAGUGCAAGAGCCAUUACUAAAAUUACUAAUUUUUAAAAAAUCCCACCACUACAUAAUUAAAUUUAGAAACAAAAGUAAAGAUAAUUACAAUAUACUUUGUGAACAAUGGACAUUUUGGUUUGCUGGCAGUUCCAAAAAA